CACAACAGAGGUAAGGAAAGAAUGAGAGAAACCCAAAUCCAUGAAUAGGAUCAUUCCGUCGUCGUUUUCCUUUGAAAUUACUUCCAAUUUAACACAGAUAGCAGAGAUCGCAGAGAAAGAAAGGAGCAGCGGGCAUGUCGUUUGUUAGAGGAGAUUUGCUUACCAAAACCAGAAAGCUCGUCAAAGGCUUGGCCAAGGCGGAGCCUGCUUGGCUCAAACCCAUGCAACUGGCGCCACCGCCAACAUUUCCUCGUUAUGAUGGGAAAAUACAGAAGAUCACUCUGCCUGAGGAUCCUUACAUUAUUAAGUUCUUUCAGAAGUACCCGGAUUCCAAACAUGAAGAUGCCAUCAAGAUAUGUGAUUUUGACCCCCCUGUGGCUCGUGUAUAUGGUUUGCGGGUGCUUGAGUUGAAGGAGCAGGGAGUUAGUGAGGAGAAAGCUAUAGCUGUGGCUGAUAUGGAAUAUCGGGCAGAGAGGAAGGCCAAAAAGAAGGCAUAUGCUCAAUUGAAGAAAAUUGCACAUAUGCAGGGCAAAAGACCUCCGCCUAAUCCAUAUCCUAGCCCCAUUAAGGAAAUUCAAGCAGAGGAAAAGAAGUAUGUGCAUGACCGGUUUUACGAUCCCAAGGCAUAUCAGAUUUUGAAGAGGCUCAAAGAAGAGAGGGUAGCUGAGUUACUGGAGAGACAAAGUCGUCGGUGACAUUAGAGUGGCAUUUCUGUAGCCUUUGCUGCAAUUGUUUUUCUAAUAAUUAGUUCAGCCUGCCUGAUUUAAAACAAAGUGAACCCUUUUUGUUCUUUGGUCAAUUAUUGUAAAAGGAUGCCAUUUUAUAUGUUUAAACCUGCAUAUUUUAAAUGUC